GCCGCAACGACACAGCUCUCUCCCUGCUUGUCCAACAAGCCACAAGCCAUGCCCCCGAAACGACGACCUACGCCGACUAAGGUUGAAGGUAUCAGUGAAAAUGAAAAAAAUGGCGUCAACAAGGCCGCCGCCGCGACAGCGAAGAGCCCUCCGCCAUCAGCAGGCAAGAAGAAGGCACCUCCACCCAUCGCCGCCGCAGCCCACGCAUCUCGCGAGAAGGGCAAAGGAGCCUUCCUGGGCAAGGGCGGUGUGCUCACGCUAGGAGGUAAGACCUCUGGCGGCGGGCGUGGAAAGGGAAGUGGCCGUGGCAGCAAUAGCUCCCCGGGGCGGGGCGGUCACGGUGGCCCCAAGAAGGGUAUGGGUGGUGCUGUGGGUGGACGUGGAGCAGCCACGGCAACCAAAGCAGCUACUGCUGUUGAGGGCAGCAACGCGAGCUCAGAGGAAGACGGUGAGUCCGAAGAUGGUGGUGAGUUGGACGAGAUGGAGGAAAGCAGUGAAGACGGUAGUGAAGAAGAAGAAGAAGCAGCCAAGCAAGUCACGGGUGCCAAGGCAAAGGCGGAUAAGUCCAAACACAGCGGUGGCAAGAGGCAGGAGGAGGAUUCUUCUGGAGGAGAGGAGAGCGAGCAAGAGCUGCAGUCCUUCAUGGAAGCCUUCCCGGGGAUGAGCAGCGACGAAGAGGAGGGGGAGGAUGGGACAGGGCUGGGUGGGGCUGGCAUGGGUAGCGAUGGCAGCAGUAGCGAUGACGCGGGGAGCGAUAGUGAUGAAGACGAGGAGGACGGCGGGCUGAUGCAUAUUGAGCGACAGUCGAAGGCCCUCGACAAGAAAGCAGCGAGGAUGCAGGCUGAACUUCGUGACGAGGCGAAAGAAGGUCUCGAAAGGGAUGUCUUGGAGGGAAGGGAGGCGUUGGGCCUUGUCCCUGCCGGAGAGGGGGACGGGGAGGAGGCGGAAGGAGGCCAGGAAGAGGAGGUCGUGCCUCCGCAGGUGCUCAAGGAGAGAAUAGAGUCCGUCAUCGAAGUUCUCAGCGAGUUUCAGGAGAGAAGAGACCCCGCCUUAUCGCGAGCAGAUUAUUUGGAACGCCUGGCCAAAGAUCUGAAAGAGUACUACGGCUUCCUCCGAGAGCUGGUCGACAUGUUUCUUCUCAUGUUCUCUCCAGCGGAGUGCGUCGAGUUUCUCGAGGCGAGUGACAAACCCAGGCCGCUUGUCAUUCGCGCCAACACUCUCAAGACCCGCCGAAAAGACUUGGCAGAAGCGUUGAUCAAGAGGGGGGUCAGCCUCGAACCAGUGGCAAAGUGGUCCAAGGUCGGCCUCAAGAUCACAGAGUCUCAGAUUCCCAUCGGUGCCACGCCGGAAUACCUUGCGGGACACUACAUGCUGCAGUCUGCUGCAUCAAUGUGUCCAGUGAUGGCGCUGGCCCCCCAGCAGGGAGAGCGGGUGCUUGACAUGUCGGCCGCCCCCGGUGGUAAGAGCACGUAUAUCGCCCAGCUCAUGCGCAACACCGGAGUCGUCAUCGCGAACGACCUUCGCCCACAGCGACAACGGGCGACGGUUGCCAACCUGCACCGCCUCGGCGUGAGGAACGCCCUGGUGUGCUGCCACGACGGCCGCAAGAUUCCGUUUAAGGGCGUCGACAGGGUGCUGCUAGACGCACCUUGCUCCGGGCUGGGGGUGAUCUCACGCGACCAGUCGGUGAAGAUCCAGCGCACCACCAAGGACAUCCUCCGUAGCUCGCACUUGCAGAAGGAGCUUCUCUGCGCUGCGGUCGACGCCGUGAGUGCCAAGAGCGCCACGGGAGGGAUCAUCGUGUACUCGACCUGCUCAGUCAGCGUGGCUGAAAACGAACAAGUGAUCGAGUACAUCCUGCAGAAGCGAUACGUUAAGCUUGUGCCCACCGGGCUCGACUUCGGCAGGCCCGGUUUCAGUCGCUUCCAGGAGAGAAGAUUCCAUCCCAGCAUGAAUCUGACCAGAAGGUUUUACCCUCACGUGCACAACAUGGACGGUUUCUUCGUGGCAAAGCUGAAGAAGUUUGCGCCGGGGGAAAGGAAGGCGGUAUCCACGGGGGCGGGAGUACCCGACAAGGAUGCCCCAGAAGCGAACGAGGCUGGUGCUGUCGGUGCCGCGAACGAGAUGGACGUCGACUACAGCGCGAGCGACGAGGACGAGGACUCCAAGACAAAGCGAAAGCGUGCCAAGAAGGAGGCCAAGCGUGACGCCAAGAACAACGCCAAGGCACAAGAGGCGGUGGGAGCCGAGAUCAAGGAAGUAAACAGCGACGAAGAGGAAGACGAUGGCGGAGGAUCAAGGCCUGCGGCAAAAAAAUCGAAGCCCGAUCCCACCGCCACCGCAAACGGCCACAGCACACCAGGCAGAGGCACAGGUAGAGAUAGAAGGGCUGCUCGUGGAGAUGGCGGCGGAAGAGGGGGGGGAGGCUCCGCAGGAUCACUCGGUCGGGGUACAAGUCGAGGGGGCCGUGGGAAAUCAUCUUCUGGGGGACGUUCGUCAGGAGGGUAUGCGUCGGCCGGCCGAAACCCGGGCGGGUUCGGCGGGGGGCGUUCGUUUGGCGGGGGUAGGGGGGGCGGUAGAGGCCAAGGGAGGGGGGGUCGCGACGGCGGUCGGGGUGGUGGAGGACGAGGAGGCCGUGGGCGUGGCGGUGGUCGAGGGAGAGGACGGGGCAGAGGUGGAGGUAGAGGGCGAGGACGGGGGUAGACUGAAAUUUAAAAUGCUAGGGACGGGUUUGUGUCCCUGUCGGGUGUGUGACAUGCCGUGUUCUUGUGGGUGGUGAUGUUGUUGCAUGUGGGUGUUGUCUAAUUAUCCACAACCGUAGAUGCUGGAUCAUAGGUUGGUGCUGAACCAGAGAGCCUCAGCGUAGAUUAGGUGCUGGAAUAAUCGAUCCUUCG